AUGAAAUCUCAGCUUAAGUGGUUCAAGAAGAGCUUCUUGAAAAUCGAUAUUUAUGGCCGCUAAAUCAAAUUCAAGUAUUAAGGUUAAGAUACUAAAAAGACCUAUCCAGGUGCCUUUGCAACAAUUCUAACAAUUUUAUUCGUGUUUACACAUUUUGCUUUCUAACUGAAAGACAUUUUCAAUAAUAAAUUUACAAUGAAGUCUUUCAACCACCCUUAAGACAUGACAUCUUAGGAUAUUAACAUAACCUAAAAUCAGUUUGAUUUCGGAAUUAACAUUAUUUCACCUUUGUAUUACAGUGCUGAGAGUUAUCUGGGUUAUUCAUUGGAGUAGUUUAUGAAUAUUUCAAUGAUUUAGUACAAUAAAGACUACUCAUCUGUUUAUUUAGGAUUCUAAAAUUGCACAAAUGAUAGGUUUUUAGGAGAUGAAAGUUUUUAAAACUUAUCUAGUGUAGAUCCUUCAUACUGGAACAAUAUCAAAUGUUCAUAAGCAAACUAAGUUAUGAGUCUUUCUGGCAAGUAGGGCUUUUCAUAUAUGUACUUAAUGAUUGGGAGAUGUGAUUAGAAAUAUCUUGAGAGCAUCCUUCCUGAAAAAGUAUGCGUUAGUGAUAAUGAUGUGCUAAAUAAAUUUAUCGAGGAUACUACUUUCUAAUUUAUGUAUACUCGUCAAUAUUUUGAUCCUUAGGAGUUUAAGAGUUCACCUGUUAAGACAAAGGUGGAAACACUAGAUUUGAUACUUUAAGAGACUUAGAUGACCAGUAUUGAUGCUUAGCUGUAGUUACUAACUGCUCUAGAUUUAAAUUCUAAGAUACAUGAUUCUCUAGAUAGUUAGGAAUACUUGUUGACUCAAGCUAUUAUAUCGACUGUUGAAUCAGCUUAGAACUGGAGGAAAAACUACUUAUAGAUAGAAUUUUCAAUCCAAAAUCAGUAUAAUCAUCUUGAGAGACAGAUGUUCAACUACGUGCAAGCAAUAUGCUUAUCAGGAGGUCUAGCAGGAAUACUAAUUAUCUUUGCAAAAAUAUGUCUAAUGCCUUUCAUCGAGCUAAUCUUCUAUUCAAGCUUGAUGAAAAGUUCUUUCUUGAUAGGUAAAGAGUUUCUUACAGAGUAAAACUUAGGCAACACUGACAACUUUGAUUCUGUAUUAGAUAGCUUUAAAUAGAAACCCAUUAUUGAUCGAUAUAAUUUAAGCAAUAAUAAACCAGAGGAUUAUUAACGAUUAGCCUAAAAAUUAAACAGUAGAGUUAAAUUCAAGUAUUCAUCACUUCAGUUUAUAAAGGAUUCAAUAUUUGGAUGUUGUCUUUGCUCUAAGAAAAAUAAAGUGACUACUCUAAGAUAGCUAUUUCUAUAUGGCAAAAAGAAGUUAGAUCAAUCAAUGGAUAUUAAGAAAGUCAUCUAUCAGCUAAGAGAAUAUGAGAUCUUAAAAAACAUUCUUUUGACUAGAUAGCAAAAGAAGUUACUUCCUUUUCUCUAAAAGAAUAGGAUAGAUAAACAAUUUGAGAAAAGAGUCAUUACAGUAAAGAAACCGACUUAGAUAUAAAAAGAAGAAUAGACUCUUAACUUGAUUCUUGAACAUUUCUCAGAAAAUUUAGAUCCGAAGAAUAACUUUAAUAAACGCAUAUUCGAGAACCUUGUCACCCAAAUAGACGAGUAGCCAACCUAAGAAAGAGAUAAGUCACUCAAACAGAAAAUGUUUACGGGCAUCAUUAAGAAGUGCAUUCGAGCAAAUACAGGAAUACUAACUAAAGAGACAAAAUUUGAAUCAAUGAAAAUUAAGAAGGGCAUCUCCCAGAGUUUCAUUAAUGAAGAAGAGGAAAGCUAUGACUAAUUUAUGAGUAAACAGAAUCAAAAUUAGAUGACAAGCAUGCGUACCAAAAACCGAGCAGCUGAUCAGAGUGUUUAUAACUUAGAUGAUGAAGCAGAUGGACAGUAAGCUAUAUUUUAGAACUCUAAAUCUGUGUUUAAAACCUAUGAUCAUCUUCCUAUAGAUAGUCAAAGGAAAAAUAAGCCUAGGAAGAAUAAAAUUGUGAUGAAAGCCAAAACAAGAAUUGUGAAGAGACCAAUCGAGCUUCAACAAAAUCAUGAUAGCGAGAUAUGA